AUGCCGGCCCUACCUCAGCAACCAGCACCGAGCGGCCGCCACUCGAUCCUCCCGCUCUUCCCCUUGCUCGCCUCGCACAACCCCUCGACUCGCCUCGACGCCGCUCUCCACCUCGUCCAGGCCCUCCCCCAUGGCACGCCCAGCACCGCCAACGACCCCGACACCCCGUACGCCCUCAAGCGCCUCGUCGCCGGCCUCGCCUCGUCCAACGACGCCGCCCGUCAAGGCUUCGCCGUCGCCCUCACCCAGCUCGUCGCCCUCCUCCCCUCCGACUCGCCCCUAGCCCGCAACAUCCUCGCCCAGGUCUUUGACCAGACCACCCCGAAGCAGGGCGCAGACCCGCGCGAGGAGCGCGACCUCUACUUUGCCCGCCUCAUGGGCCUCCACGCCCUCGUCCGCUCGGGUGUCCUCGUCCGGCCCACCGACCCCGCCGGCGCAGACCGCUGGAAGGAGUGCGUCGGCGGCCUCGUCUCGCUCGCCAACAAAAAGACCUGGAUCCGCGAGCCGAGCUACUGGGUCGUGUGCGACGCCCUCGCCGCCCUGUGCGCCGCGCCCGACUCGCUCCCGUGGAAGCACGACGCCCUCCAGUGGGCCGUACAGCGCCUCGUCGGCGACUCGCGCGAGAAGGCCCGCGGCUUCAGCCCGGAAAAGGUCGCCGUCGUCCUCGUCCUCCAGGCCCACAACGUCGACGCCGACUGGCCCACCCUCCUGUCGCCGACCUUCCCGUCGGGCUCGGUCCUCGCGCGCUCGUCCCUGUCGGCCCUCGCGUCGGCUCUCCGCGGCGCGUCGUCGUCCUCGUCGGCCGACGGCGGCGCGAGCAUGCCCAAGCAGGGCUCGAACGCCGUCAAGACGUCCAAGGGCGCGCCCGCACCCGCCGCCGGCCAGGCGCCCCACUUUGUGUGGACUCUCCUCGCCGACGCCUACUUCCCUCCCUCCUCCUCCUCCUCGACGACCGCCGCCGCCGCCGCCGCCGCCGCCAAGACGGAGCGCGCGCCGUUCUCGGCCUUCUGGGCCGCCUGCGUCGACCGCUCCCUGUUCGCCUCGUCGUCCCUGCCGCUCAAGGCCCUCGGCUUCUCCCUCAUCACCCUCUUCCUGUCGCGCGUCCCGCCCGCCGACGUCGCGUCCCUCCUGUCGCCGCACGCCCUGCGCGUCCUCGCCAACCACCUGCGCCGCGAGAUGAGCGGCUCGGGCGGCGAAAAGACGCUCCUGCGCGUCGCCGACAAGCUCGUCACGUCGACCCUGCCCGCCUACUUUGCCGCGUCCGACUCGAACCGCCAGGCGGCGCUCGCGACCCUCAAGCGCCUCGUCGCCGCGCCCGACUCGCAGUACAACGCGUUCGACACCAAGGUCCUCGAGCGCAUCGUCGUCAAGCUCGACGUUGCCGGCGUGCGCGGCUGGGUCGCCCACCUGCGCGGCGUCUUCCUCGCGCCGACCGUCGACGACUCGGCCUCGUCGUCGGCGACCAACGGCGACGGCGACGACGUCGACCCCGAGGCCGGCAACGACAACGCGCUCGUCGAGGACGCCCAGGCGCGCGACAAGCGCCUGACGGCCCAGCGCAACUGGGCCCUCGACCAGCUCCUGUUUGUCGUGCGCAACGCGAGCGUCGCAAAGGACGACGACGUCGUCACGGCCCUGCUCGAGUUCCUCGCCGUCGUCGGCUGGUUCGACAUUGUCAGCGAGGCGACCAAGGGCGCUCGCUCCUACGUCCCGUCGACGCCCCUCACGGCCGCGCACCGCACCGCGACCCGCACGCGCUUCUUCUCGAUCCUCGCGUCGCUCGUCGCGGCCACGGCCCCGCUCGGCGGCGCCGCAUGGCUCCACCGCGCCCUCGCCCUCCUCGACAACCUCGCCGCCGACUCGAAGCACUUUGCGCGCGCGGCGACGUCGGGCCAGGACGGCGACAACGACGAGGACGACGAGGACGAGGGCGAGGGCGCGGCCUACGACGCACGCCUGCGCGAGCUGUACCCGCAGCUGAGCGGCGCCGAGGGCCCGAGGCCCGCUGCGCGCGCGCUCGUCGAGGGCGUGCGGCUCGUCGCGUGGGACGAGGGACGCGACGACGCGGCCGACGUGCUCGAGGGCGCUGUCGACGCCGUCGAGGCGCUCUUCCCCGCGCUGUCGGCCUCGACCGACGAGGACGACGACGACGCCGAGGACGACGACGAGGACAAGCCCGAGCCGGCGACGGUCGUCGUCGACGUGCUCCUCGCGCUCCUGAGGCGCCCGAGCGCGUUCGUCAAGGCGUUCGCCGGCCCGGUCGUGCUCAAGGGCCUCGCCGAGGACGUCGGCCUCCAGGCCGUCGAGCUCCUGCGCGACGUUGUUGCGCCGGAGGAGGACGAGGUCGACGAGGAGGAGCAGCAGGACGGCGAGGGCGAGGCGUCGACCGACAAGAAGGCGAGCAAGAAGGCCGCCGCCGCCGCCUCGGGCGACGACUCGGACGACGACGGCGCGAGCUCGUCCGACAGCGAGUCGGACAGCGACGACGACGGCGGGUUCGAGGUCGACGAGGCGUUCAAGAACGAGCUCCUCGCCGCGCUCGAGGCCGGCGGCAUGGGCGUCCCGGGCGACGACGAGGCGAUGCGCGACGACGACGGCGCCGGGAGCGACGACGAGGAGCUCCUCGACGACGAGGCCAUGCUCGAGCUCGACGACAAGCUGGCCGACAUCUUCCGCGCCAACGGCGGCGGCCGCAAGAGCAAGAAGCGUGACCGCCAGGACGACCUGCACUACCGCCUGCGCGUCCUCGACCUCCUCGACGUCCUCGCCCACACCAAGGCCGCCUCGGCCCUCCUCAUCCCGCUCUACGUCCCGCUGUUCAACCUGAUCCGCACGGCGUCGUCGUCGGUCGAGUCGGAGCUCCAGGCCAAGGCGGGCAAGCUCCUGCGGUUCCUCGUCCAGCCGCGCAAGUCGGCCGACGCGGCCGCGCUCGUCGAGCCCUCGGACGAGAGCUCGCACGCCGCCCUCGAGGCCCUCGACGACCUGCACCGCGCCGCCGCCGCGUGCGACGCCCCGGCGCUCGCGCCGCUGUGCGCCCAGGUCGCCGUCGCCCUCGUCAAGGCGGCCGUCGCGCUCGCGCCCGCCGCGUCGCGCGCCCACGCCCUCGAGCACGUCGCGCGCGUCACGGUCCAGUCGUUCGAGGCGUACCUGACGACCAAGAACGCCAAGACGCGCGUCCAGCCGCAGCUCACGGCCGACGUGGCCAAGCGCGCGCCCGGCGCCGCGUGGGGCAUCCUCCCGCGCGUGCUCGAGCUCGCGAAGGGCGACGGCGGCAAGGUCAACGCGUUCAGGCGCAUGCAGGCGUUCGAGGUCGCCCAGUCGCUCGUGACGAGCUACGCCAGCCUUAAGACUGCCGAGUCCAAGUCGGCUGUCCUCGCCGCCAUGCCCGCCUACCGCUCCGCCCUCUUUACCGCCCUCUCGACCUCGCUCACGUCGUCGUCGUCGGCCGCGGCCGAGUUUGACGCCGCGCGCCUCAAGCUCCUCGCCAAGCAGGCCCUCGCGUCGGCGCGCCUCGCCGUCUCGCUCUCGUCCCAGGCCGACGCCGCCGAGGCGUGGCGCCCGCAAGAGUGGAGCGGCCUCGUCGCCGACGCGGCAAAGAGCGACCGGUUCAAGGGCGCCGUCGGCGUCACGACGCUCGUCAAGCAGCUCGUCGGCGUCCUCGGCGCGACGGUCGCCGACGACACCAAGUCGGCGUCGAAGAAGGACAAGAAGCGCAAGGCGGGCGAGGGCCAGUCGGCGGCGUCGUCGGCCAAGGAGCAGCAGGGCACGCCGGCCAAGAAGGCAAAGGCGUCGCCGGCCAAGGGCACGCCGUCCUCUGCCGCCGCCGCCGCCGCCGCCGCGUCCCCGGCAGCGUCCAAGGGCAAGAAGGCGGCACCCGCCGCGCCCGUCGUCGCCAACGGCGAGGCCGAGGUGCAGGACGAGUCGGUCGAGGUCGACGCUGCGGGCGACGACUCGAUGGUGCUCGACGGCGCAGAGGCGGCAAGCGGUGCGGGCGACGGCUCGACGCCGAGCAAGAAGGGCAAGAAGGACAAGAAGGACAAGAAGCGCAGGCGCGAGUCGGCGGGCAAGGCCUGAGGCGGAAGAGGAGGAGGAGGUCGGACCGGCGCGCCUUAGAUUAUCGUGUCUCUUGUCUCUCUCGCAUUCCCCUUGCAUUGUAUCUCUCUCUUCGGCA